CCUCCGCUCACACGGCGGCGGCCACCAGCGCCGCCAUUGCCCUGGAAGCGUUUCCCCCGCUCCUAUUCAAAACACAAGCGAAUACAAAGUGAAGGAUCCCUGGGCCAGAUCUGCAGCUUCACAGGACAGACUGGUGUUGAGGCGCAUCUAUGUAUUCUGAUCCUGACAGCCAGGGCACAUACACCGGUGUCAUCCCUCCUCCUCCGAGCAGGACGCAGGUCAAAAAGGUUUCCACCAGUGCCCCUCACGAUGUGAUGCCACAGAGAGUGCCAGCAACAGAACAGCAGGAUUCCACAUCCCCUGUUGUCUCGCCUCAACAAUCACCACCAUCCUCACCGCUUAUCUGGAGGAAGCACGGCAAGCAGCAUCCCAGUGGAGGGUCUGGUGAUGGAAUGUGGCCUGCCCAUUCACCCCCUCCCAAUCAAGAGAACUGGGUGAGCUUUGCUGAUACUCCUCCCAGCAGCACACUUCCUGCAGUGCACCCUGCCUCCCUCCAGGAGCACACGACAGUCAGGACUGCAGCAUCGGUGGCAAAUGCCAUGGAAAUCCGCCGACAAUCAAGUGGCUACGACGAUCCUUGGAAGAUCACAGAUGAACAGAGGCAAUAUUAUGUUAACCAGUUUAAAAACAUUCAACCCGAUUUGAAUGGCUUUAUUCCAGGGUCUGCGGCGAAGGAAUUCUUUACAAAAUCAAAACUCCCGAUUCUUGAACUUUCUCACAUAUGGGAGCUCUCGGACUUUGACAAAGAUGGCGCCUUGACGCUGGACGAAUUUUGUGCGGCAUUCCACCUAGUGGUGGCCCGGAAAAACUGUUACGACCUGCCAGAGAAGCUACCGGAAAGCCUGAUGCCAAAGCUGAUCGAUCUGGACGACUCGGGAGAGGUUGCUGACCAGGACACUGAAACUGGGUUCUCAAGUUCCCCUGUAGAGGUGCCACCCAGCAAGUCACCAUCCAUGCCCUCGCUCAACCAGACCUGGCCAGAACUCACCCAGGGCAGUGAGCAGUGGGAGACUUUUAGUGAACGCUCCUCCAGCUCGCAAACUCUGACUCAGUUUGAUUCUAACAUUGCACCAGCUGAUCCUGACACAGCGAUUGUUCACCCUGUUCCCAUCCGCAUGACUCCCAGUAAGAUUCACAUGCAGGAGAUGGAGCUGAAACGCAUUGGAAAUGAAUUAACGAGUCCAACCAGCCCUCUGCUUGCUAACUCACCGGAGCUGUCAGAAGAGACAAAGCUCUCAGCCACCGUAAAAUUUGUUGCAGGAAACCCUGUGGAUGGUUACAGCAGUUCAGAUUCCUUCACGUCUGACUCAGAGCAGAUCGGAAACAGCAUAACCCGGCAACGCUCACAUUCGGGCACAUCUCCAGACAACAUGCUCAAGACUGCUCCACCUCCUCCCCCACCAAGACCCCACCCUUCCCACUCCAGGUCGUCAUCUCUCGAUAUGAACAGAGGCUUUUCAACUGGAACCGCAGGCCAAGCCCAGGCGGGAGCUGUUGCCUACCCACCUGCAGUGCCUCCCAGACCUCAACCUUCUCAGGCCCCGGUGCCUCCAUUACCUCGGGGAGUGGAAGCUGAAGCCCACGGCGCCCUCUCCAGCACCUCACCACAGCAGAUGCCGGAGCAACCAAACUUUGCUGAUUUCCGUCAGUUUGAAGCCUUUGUGUCCAAGAGCUCAGAUCAGCAGGCGGAGGAUCCCGAGAAGCACUCGGAAACCGCUCCGGUUGAAAAGUCUUCAGAACCGCUCCCGAGAGCAGCCAAGUUAGACAGCUGUGGUGAUGACAAGUCCACUGGAAAUGCCGUUAAGAAUGCGGGAUCGCUCGUGCCUCCUCCCAAGCCUGUUCGGCGGAGACUGAAGUCUGAUGACGAGUUGCGAGUGGAGACAGAUGAGCACACACAGAAAUCCACAGUCAUCAACACUGUGCUGGCGACACAGUCAUCCAUCCCCAGAUUUCUCCGUGGCUGUGAUCAGCUGAACCGCCCUGUCCCGUCUGUGCUGGGGGAGUCUGCUGGCAAAGACAAGAAGUCCAUCCAGGCUUCAAUCAGGAGAAACAAGGAAACCAACACUGUGCUGGCCAGGCUCAACAGUGAAUUACAGCAACAGCUCAAGGAUGUGCUGGAGGAGAGGAUCUCACUGGAGGUGCAGCUGGAACAGCUUCGACCGUUCUCUCACCUGUAGAGGUGUGGCUCAGAGUCUCGUUCCUCUCUCCCCUCGCCAUAGUGUGCUCCCCUCACACACUCACACACACCCUGCCCAGUGAUCGCUUACACUGCAUCGGAGCUUACACUCUACUGGGGGGGGUGUAAGUAAUGGGGUGAUCGAGAAGCUGACAGCAUCUAUCUUCCGGUGGGGGGAGAGAGGGGUUUAAGUUUGAUUUAUAAAAGUGAAUCAUUUUCAGCGCUGCCUUUCUCUUCCCCCACCCCCCUUUCCCCCUUCCCCUCUCUAACACCCACCCUUCCACCUCCUUGCACAGAGCGAGCCCAUGCCGUAUCACUGAGCUGUGUCACUGAGCCCUGUGGUCGUAUUAAGCCGCUUUGCACCAGGAGUUGACGGGGCAAAUCCUCCGCUCUUCCCCAGAGAGGAAAUAGUGCCGGCAACUCAAUCACUAUUAAAUGCCGGCGAGCUUCCUUCAAGCUGCUGCUGUGAUUCGCUAGUUUGGGGUUUCUGUUCUGUACAGUUAUUGAGGUCAAAAGGCCUGACAUGCCAUCUAGUGUUCGGCCUGUGUGUGUGUGGGUGUGGGUGUGUGUGUGUGUGUGAGGGGGGAGGG